AUGGGAGCUGGACAGGAGAUAGAACAGGAGCUAGGACAGGAGAUAGGACAGGAACUAGGACAGGAGAUAGGACAGGAGCUAGGACAGGAGCUAGGACAGGAGAUAGGACAGGAGAUAGGACAGGAACUAGGACAGGAGAUAGGACAGGAGCUAGGAGAGGAGCUAGGACAGGAGCUAGGACAGGAGAUAGGACAGGAGAUAGGACAGGAGCUAGGACAGGAUAUAGGACGGGAGAAAGGACAGGAACUAGGACAGGAGCUAGGACAGGAGAAAGGACAGGAGCUAGGACAGGAGAAAGGACAGGAGAUAGGACAGGAGCUAGGACAGGAUAUAAGACAAAGAAAAGAAAAUAAACAAACAAAAAGAUUAUAAAAAUAA